AUGUCCAUUCAAACGGCCGAAGCAUACUCAACCCCUUCUUCACCCCAAGGCGUCGAGACCCAAAGGCGAGGCACCCAGUCGGGGCUGCUUGCUUGCAGCACAUUGAGCGGCAUCAUGGACCUUUCAAUCACGAAUUUCAACGUGGUGAUUAGCGUGCUCGGCGGAUGGCUCGUCUUAUUCGGCACCUUUUCGUAUCUCAUCAAAGAGAACCUGUAUCUCUCUGAAGCCCUCGUCUCCCUCCUCGGAGGCGUAACCUUCACCCACGUCGCCAAGCUCCUCAAGCCCGGCGAAUACGCCGUCUCCGAAGAUGCCGUCGCCUCCGUGACCCUCGACUUCAGCCGCCUGGUCCUCGGCGUCCAGCUCGUCCUCGCCGGCGUCCAGCUGCCGAGCCGCUACCUUCGCACAGAGUGGAAGUCCCUCUGCCUCCUCCUCGGCCCCGGCAUGAUCGGCAUGUGGACCUGCACCAGUGCCGUCGUCUGGCUCCUCGUCCCGGACCUGCCCCUCGUCCACGCUCUCGCCAUCGCGGCCUGCAUCACCCCGACCGAUCCGGUUCUCUCCACCACGAUUGUCAAGGGCCGGUUUGCCGAGGAGAACGUCCCCGAGGACCUGCAGCAGAUCAUCGUUGCCGAGUCGGGAGCGAAUGAUGGCCUUGGCUACCCCUUUCUCUUCCUCGCGCUCUACCUCAUCAAGUACACCGAAAGCGACGGUAACCCAGCCUCGAGCGAGGGCGGUUUCGGUGCCGCGCUGAGCCUCUUCUUCGGCCAGACGUGCGUCUACGUCGUGCUCAUGAGCGUCUUCUAUGGAUGGGUCGUCGGCCUGCUCGCGCAGAGAUUGCUCCACUGGGCCGAGCGACGCAAGUACGUGGAGCGGGAAUGCUUCCUCCUCUUCCCCAUCGGCAUGGCCAUCUUCAUCCUCGGCACGUGCGGUAUGGUUGGCAGCGACGACGUACUAGCGUGCUUCAUCGCAGGCAACGUCUUCACCUGGAACGACUGGUUCCGUCUGGAGACGGUCGAGGAUCCCGUGCAGCCCGCCGUCGACAUGAUGCUCAACAUGGCCAUCUUCAUGUGGCUGGGAGCUGUGUGUCCGUGGGAGAGCUUCUGGAACUCUGAGCUGAUUAGUCCCGGUCGUUUGGUCGCACUCGGUAUUCUUGUCUUGCUGCUGAGACGUCUUCCCGUCAUACUCGGCUUGCACCGGUACAUCCGCCAGAUCCGGGGUUCACGACAGGCGCUUUUUGUUGGGUACUUUGGUCCCAUUGGUGUUUCUGCCAUCUUUUAUCUUUACGUCGGCCUCGAGUUCCUGGAGACUCUGACGGAUGACGACGGCCAGCGAGCGGACGCGAAGCAGCUGGGCGAAACCAUGCUUGUCACCAUCUGGUUCUUGAUCAUCUGCAGCAUUGUGAUUCACGGUAUAAGCGUGCCCAUCGCCAAGCUCGGAAAAUCGACGUACGACCGAUUCUUUCGCCGCAGCGUUUCUUUGCCCGCAUGA